UUUUUAUUGAUUUAUAUAUAUAUUCCCUUUCUAUUGCACUGCUACCUAAUUUCAUUUAUGUGUUUUUGUUUAAAUAUAUAUGCAUGGAUUUUGAUUUAUCAGAGUAAUUGUUCAAGUUCCAGCUAAUUUGGCCGCGCGUCCAACAACACUACUACUGCAAUUCAUCAUUCUGCCUCUCCUCAAUUUUCAGGUUUUAUUUUCAGGCAACCACUUAAAGAAUCAUGAACGCCUUAGCCGCAACCAACAGAAACUUCAAGCUGGCAGCUCGCCUCUUGGGGUUGGACUCGAAGCUCGAGAAGAGUUUACUCAUCCCAUUUAGAGAAAUCAAGGUAGAGUGCACCAUUCCAAAAGAUGAUGGCAGCUUGGCAUCCUUUGUUGGAUUCAGGGUUCAGCACGACAAUGCUCGAGGGCCGAUGAAAGGAGGCAUUAGAUACCACCCUGAGGUUGACCCGGAUGAAGUGAAUGCUUUGGCACAAUUGAUGACUUGGAAGACUGCUGUGGCCAACAUACCUUAUGGAGGUGCUAAAGGAGGAAUAGGAUGCAAUCCAUCAGAUUUGAGCAUCUCAGAGCUGGAAAGACUGACUAGAGUUUUCACUCAGAAGUUACAUGAUCUCAUUGGAGUUCACACAGAUGUCCCAGCACCAGAUAUGGGCACAGGUCCACAGACAAUGGCUUGGAUACUAGACGAGUACUCAAAGUUUCAUGGGUAUUCACCUGCAGUAGUAACAGGAAAGCCAACUGAUCUCGGAGGAUCGCUCGGCAGAGAUGCAGCUACGGGAAGAGGUGUACUUUUCGCAACAGAAGCCCUUCUUAAGGAAUAUGGGAAGAGCAUUGCUGGGCAACGAGUAGUUGUACAGGGGUUUGGAAAUGUUGGUUCUUGGGCUGCUCAACUCAUCAGCGAGCAAGGGGGAAUAAUAGUUGCUGUAAGUGACAUCACAGGAGCUAUAAAGAACAGCAAUGGAAUAGACAUACCGAGCCUUCUCAAACAUGUCAAAGUAAACCGGGGAGUAAAGGGAUUCAGUGGCGGGGAUUACAUGGACCCCAAUUCAAUCUUGGUUGAGGACUGCGAUAUUCUCAUCCCUGCAGCUCUUGGAGGAGUGAUCAACAGGGAUAAUGCAAAAGAUGUCAAAGCCAAAUUCAUUAUCGAAGCAGCUAACCAUCCUACAGAUCCAGAGGCUGAUGAGAUCUUGUCAAAGAAGGGAGUGGUUGUUCUUCCAGACAUAUACGCAAACUCGGGGGGUGUUACUGUGAGUUACUUUGAGUGGGUUCAGAACAUACAAGGAUUCAUGUGGGAUGAGGAGAAAGUCAACGCAGAGCUUAAGACAUACAUGACCAAUGGUUUCAAAGAUGUAAAAGCGAUGUGCAAGAGUCACAACUGCGAUCUGAGAAUGGGAGCAUUCAGCUUGGGCGUCAAUCGCGUUGCCAGGGCCACACUCCUCAGGGGAUGGGAAGCCUGACGACUACAAACACAUGAUUUACCUAGGAAUAUAGUAUAUGUAUGUUCUGAGACUUGCAAGUUUUGUUCAAUAAAAUAAAAAGGCGGAUUGGAUGGCAUCAGAUCCCUACUCCCUAGUCCCUACCUCAAUGCUAGCUAUUUUUGGUGGAGACCUUCACAUUUGUGUUUGUAAGCUUGGUUGUUUCUUUUAAACAGUCCAUUAUGUUUGAAUUUAAUAUACACAUCUUUUUGAAGAAUACGUAUUCUUCUUCAUUAUAAGAUGGAAUUUUCA